GCAAAACAUCUUGAAAAUCCAUCUACGUAGCAAAAUAGUUUGCUUUACAAUGGUGAAUAUUUUCAUCUGUGUUGCUCUGCUCAUGUUUUGAAUUUAAUUGUGUAGAAAGGGUUAAAGGUGGUUGCUGAAGCUUUAUUUAAAAUAAGAGAAAGUGUAAAAUAUUUGAAAGCUUCAUAUGGGAGAAUUGUGAAAUACAGCAAGCAGAAAUUGAAGAAGGUGUUGGUCUAAAAUCAGAUGUUCCAACUCGAUGGAAUUCUACAUAUAUGAUGUUGGAAAGUGCAAUUAAAUUUGAAAAAGCGUUUGACAUCCUUAGUGUUGUAGAUGGAGCUUAUAAAGAUUGUCCGACAAAUGAAGAAUGGAGCUUAGCAAAAAAAAUGUGUGAAUUUUUAGAGCCAUUUUAUGAAACUACAAAUCUCAUUUCGGGUUCAUCAUAUCCAACAUCAAAUUUGUAUUUUAUGCAAGUUUGGAAAAUUGAAUGUCUUUUGGAAGACAAUCAAACUUGUGAUGAUGUUGUUAUUAUGAACAUGACUUUCAGAAUGAAGAUGAAGUUUGAUAAAUAUUGGAAGGAUUAUAGCACUGUCUUGGCUUUUGGGGCAAUUCUUGAUCCUCGAUUAAAGUUAAAGUUCUUGAGGUUUUGUUACAAAAAACUAGAUCCUUCAACCUUUGAAUUGAAGGCAAAUGAAGUAUUGGAGAAAUUUAAAAGGUUGUAUGGAGAGUACAUAAAUACUUUUGGUGGUUCAACAAUUUCUCAAAGUAGUAAUCAAUCUCCUAUGUCACCUGAAGAAGGAAGGCUUACAAAGAAGAGCAAAAUGGUGAUGAAGGAGUUUAGAGAAUUUGACUGUGAAACCCAAACUUCCAAAGAUAAAGAUGAAUUAGAGAUUUAUCUAAAAGAAGGUUUGAUUCACACCAAUGAAGAUGAUUUGAAGUAUGAUGUGCUGAAUUUUUGGAAGAUUAAUGAGGAUAGGUUUCCCACUCUGUCAGUUAUGGCCAGAGAUGUUUUAAGUAUUCCCAUCACUACGGUAGCAUCUGAGUCUGCAUUCAGUAUUGGUGGACGUGUUUUAACAAAAUAUAGAAGUUCCACUCUUCAUGCGCAUGUUCAAAUGCUUAUUUGCACAAGGAGUUGGUUACGUGGAUUUGUUCCAAAUCAUGAUGAUGAUGAAAUUGGUGAAAUUCAUGAAGAAGAAGUGUCAACAGAAACGAUGCAUCCCCCUCAACAUUUAUGA